AUGGAUGCCCCAACCGCCCAAGUCAAGGUGAUCUUCACCACCAACGAGGCCGACUUGGAGCUUCCCGAAUCCAAGCGGCAACUACUCGUCCCAGCCGACAUCAAGCGCUAUGGCCUCUCCCGCAUCCUCAACUCCGAGUCCAUGCUCGACACCGCGUCGCCGAUCCCGCUCGACUUCCUCGCCAACGGCGCCUUCCUCACAACCUCGAUCGAGGAGUACCUCGCGACCGAGGGCCUCUCGUCUGAAAGCACACUGACGCUGCAGUACGUGCGCAGCCUGCUGCCGCCGUCCUACGAGGCGAGUUUCCAGCACGACGACUGGGUGGGCGCCGUCGACUGCCUGUCGGCGACGUCGGCUGCCGGCCGGCGCGUCGGCGACGACAACAACGGCAUAGUCAAGGACCGCAUAGCCAGUGCCUCGUACGACGGCCUCGUGCGGGUGUGGAACCCCCAGGGCGAGGUCGUCGCCACGUCGACGGCGGGUAGCUCCGGCGGCGGUGGCCACUCAAUGCGUCUCAACGCCGUGCGGUGGCUGUCGACCAAGCAGAUCGCCUCGGCGGGUCUGGACCGCAAGGUCGUCGUCUGGGACUACACCGACGCAAGCGACAACGGGUCCUCCGGCUCGCUCCGGGUCAACAUGGAACUCUGGGGCCACGAGAAGGCCGUGCUGUCGCUGGACGCGAACCUGGCGAAGCGCCGCCUGCUGACGGCCUCGGCCGAUGGCCGCGUCGGCCUGUGGUCGACGUCGAAGAGCACCGCACCGCAGGCCGACCCGGAAAGCCUCCCGAGCGCGCACACGACCAAGAAGGCGCGACUCGCAGGCGGCUCGACGACCGCGCAGCGCGGCCCGCUCGCCAUGAUCUCAGCACACGAGGCUGGGGCGCGCGUCACCGCGGCGCUCUUCCACCCGCACGACGCGACGGUGGCACCGGCUGAUCACCAAGCACCCGCUGCUGUGCGCGGCGGGGACCCGCGCGAGGCGGCCGCGGCGACGGCGGCGAUGACGCUCCGCGGGCACGUCAACAUGGUGGUCGCGCUGGCGGCCGGGCCGGACAACGACUACUCGCUGGUGUCGGGCGCGCACGACGGCACAUGCCGCGUGUGGGACCUGCGCAGCAGCGCGCGCGCGGUAGACGGCGCGGAGGGGGGCGUAGUGAAGCCGGCGUACACGAUCGGCAGGGAGUGGCUCAAGGGCAAGAAGCUCCCGCCGGCGGGCGACGGCGCAAAGGUGCUGACGGUGGCGUGGGAUAAGACGUGGGGUAUCGUGAGCGCCGGCGAGGACAAGAAGGUGCAGAUUAAUAGGGGGCACGGGUUGCUGGCGGAGUAG